AUGGGUUCUGUGUUACGGUCUAUUUUGAACAUGACAAAGACCAAAAUGACCGGAAAAGAGCUCUACGAGAAGCUGGGCCGUCCGAAGAAAGUGGUGGCACCUAUGGUGGACGGGUCAGAGCUCGCAUGGCGAAUGAUUUCCAGAAAAUACGGCGCUGAUUUGUGUUACUCGCCCAUGCUGCACUCCAGACUGUUUGCUACAGACGACAAGUACCGCGAGAAGAUGUUUGGGCCGAUGGACGGUGACGAGAAAGUCGACAGGCCGCUGAUUGUGCAAUUUUGUGCCAACGACCCGGAGUAUUUGCUCCAGGCCGCAAAACACGUUGAGGACCGCUGUGACGCCGUGGACCUAAACCUCGGAUGUCCGCAGGGCAUCGCUCGUAAGGGCCACUACGGGUCGUUCCUGAUGGAGGACUGGGACCUGAUCUCGAAACUGAUCAACAACUUGCACAGAAACCUUAAUGUUCCGGUGACGGCGAAAAUUCGGGUCUACGACGACUGGGAGAAGAGUCUCAACUACGCCAAGAUGUGUUUGGAUGCAGGAGCACAGUUCAUCACUGUUCACGGCCGCACGCGGGAGAUGAAGGGCCAGAAGACCGGGUUUGCCAACUGGAAGCUCGUCAAGUAUCUGAGAGACAACCUGCCUCCAGACACCGUUUUUCUCAGCAACGGCAACAUUCUGUAUCCAGAAGACAUUGACAGAUGCAUUGGAGAGGUUGGCUGCGACGCCGUGAUGUCUGCGGAGGGAAACCUGUACAACCCGGGCAUUUUCUGGACAGAGUCAGACGACAUUGAGAAACGGUUCCCGCGGAUCGACAGGUUUGUGCGGGAGUACUACGAGGUGGUGGCCCAGUGCGAGGGGCUGGAGAGCAAGCGGUGUUUCAAGUCGCACCUGUUCAAAUCGUUGCGCAACUUUUUGAGCGUGCACACCGACGUGCGGGCGGAGAUCGCGAAACUGAGCCGGCACUCGUCUUCGGAGGAGUUUGAGAAGGUCGUCCAGCUCGUUGAAGAGACCGUCGCCAAGAUAUACAAGCAGGAGAACAUCCAGGAACUCGACAGGGUUAAGGUUGGCGAGCUGGAAGACUGGGGCGGACGGUACUGGGACGUGCCGUACUGGCGUCUGCAGCCGUACUUCAGAAGAGUCGACGGCAAGGAUGGCAAGGAGGUCAUCCAAGAAAGCAUGAAACGCGUGAUGGAGAGCGACGAGCCGGCAAAACGACAGCACGUUGCAACCACUCCUCGCGCCUGA